AUGCCUCCUAAGAAGAACCCUGGACCGGCGGAAGACCUCGAAUUGGACCUCACAAUCGUUGAGAUGAAGCUGCUCAACGCUGUUCUCAAGUCAUGCCCGCCGUCGGCGAAGCCAGGCGCAGACUGGGACGCCGCUCCGAAGAAGCUCGGUCUCGCUGCUGGUAAAGGACCCAGAGACCGCUUCACCUGGUACAAACACGUGGGCGGUGACUACAGCGGCGCUAAGGCCACUCCUGUCAAGCAGUCCCUGAAGCGAGCCAAGUCGAGUGUUAAUGAUGAGGGGGACGGUCUUGGAGACAAUGAGGCCACGCCCGCCACGAAGAAGCGAAAGACAGGCACCAAGAAGACAUAG